AUGGGAAGUUUUCCGUCUUGCCAACUUUCUUGUGAUGAAUCGGUGAAUCGUAUCUUUAGAUGCUUACGUGGUAAAGGUUAUAUUCGAAACCUCAAUGAUAAUCUCAAGCGUCUGCAGAGGGAAAUGGAAGAUCUCAAAGCAACUCAACAAGAGGUGAAGAAUAGGCUUGCAAGAGAGGAGGCAGAGCAUCGACAAAGGCUUGAAUCUGUCAGGGUAUGGCUUACACGUGUGGACAGCCUCGUUACUCACGUCAAUGAUCUGGUUAGUACUAGUCCCAAUCAGCUUGAGAAGUUGUGUCUUUGCGGUUUAUGUUCGAAAAAUGUCUGUUCAAGCUACAAAUAUGGGAAAAAUGUAUUCUUGUUGUUGGAAGAGGUUAAGGUUCUCAAAUCGGAGGGUAAUUUUGAAGUGGUAUCUGAGCCGACAACAAGAUUUGAAGUGGAGGAGAGGCAUACUGAGCCUACGAUUGGUCAAGAACAAAUGCUAGAUACAGCAUGGAAACGCCUUAUGGAAGAUGGAGUGGAAUUCAUGGGUCUGCACGGUAUGGGUGGUGUAGGCAAAACUACACUUUUCAAUAAAAUCCAUAAUAGGUUCGCUGAAAUGCCUGGUGGGUUUGAUGUUGUGAUUUGGGUCGUGGUGUCUCAAGGCGUGGAGAUUUCAAAGCUUCAAGAGGAUAUUGCAAAAAAACUGAAUCUUUGUGAUGAGGGGUGGAACAAACAAAAUGAAAGUGAUAAGGCUGCAAAGAUACACCGAGUUUUAAAUGGGAAGAGAUUUGUAUUGAUGCUAGAUGAUAUAUGGGAAAAAGUGGAUUUAAUUACCAUCGGAGUUCCAUUUCCAACAAGGGAAAAUGGAUGCAAGGUAGCUUUCACCACUCGUUCUCAGGAAGUAUGUGGGCGUAUGGGGGAUCAUGAACCCAUGGAAGUCAAGUGUUUGGAGUGGAACGAAGCAUGGGAGUUGUUUACAAAAAUAAUCGGAGACAAUACAUUAAGAAGAAAUCCCAACAUUGUCGAGCCAGCACAAAAGGUUGCUAAAAAAUGCCAUGGUCUGCCACUAGCGCUCAAUGUCAUUGGUGAGACAAUGGCAUCUAAAACUAUGGUACAAGAAUGGGAGCAUGCAAUUGAUGUUUUGACAAGAUCCGCUGCAGAGUUUCCUGACAUGGAAAAUAAAAUUCUUCCAAUUCUGAAGUACAGCUACGAUAGCUUAGCAGAUGAACAUAUCAAGUCAUGUUUCUUGUAUUGUGCUCUAUUUGCGGAAGACGAUGAGAUAGAUAAAGAAAGGUUGAUAAACUACUGGAUAUGCGAAGGUUUCAUUGGGGAACACCAAGUUGUAAAAAGAGCAAUGAAUAAGGGUUAUGUGAUACUCGGUACUCUUAUCCGUGCAAAUUUACUGUCAGAGGGUGGUAUAGACAGUGCUGUGAAAAUGCAUGAUGUUGUUCGCGAACUGGCUCUAUGGAUUGCAUCCUCUUUUGGGAAAGAGAAAGAGACUUAUGUUGUGAAAGCAAGAGUUGGAUUAUGUGAAACACCACAAGUCAAGGAUUGGGGAGCUGUGAGAAGGAUGUCAUUAAUGGACAAUAAUAUUGAAAAGAUUACACGCGGUUCCAAGUGUACUGAACUUACAACUCUACUCCUCCAGUCUAAUAAUUUGAAGAACCUCUCAGGUGAAUUCAUCCAGUCUAUGCAAAAGCUAGUGGUUUUGGAUCUAUCAUUUAAUCGCAACUUCAAUAAGCUACCAGAGGAAAUAUCAAAACUGGUAUCCUUGCAGUAUCUUGACUUGUCGCAUUCAAGUAUAGGUCGAAUGCCUGUUGGUUUCCUGGAGUUGAAAAAGCUAAUUCAUCUGGAUUUGACUUUUGCAAGGGAACUUUGUAGUGUGGGUAGGAUAUCAAAGUUGUCGAGUUUAAGAAUUUUGAAACUACUAAUGUCUAAAGCUUGUGGAGAUGUUAUUUUGUUGGAGGAGCUGCAGCUCUUGGAGCACCUACAAGUUCUAACCAUAACAAUAUCUACAAAGUCUGGUUUGGAGCAUAUAUUGGGUGAUCCAAGAUUGGCAAACUGCAUUUAUUCUCUUAAUAUAUCCGGUUUUGAAUAUGGAUUCAAUAUAUUAUCGCUGAUGAGUAUGGGGAAUCUCAGUGAGCUCUGGGUGGAAAAAAGUCAUGUCACGGAGAUUGAUACAAAUCUGAAGUACAGAGAAAGCCCAUGCUUUGCCAACCUCUCCAUGGUGUGUGUAAUGCACUGCAACAACAAUAAAGAUCUGACGUGGCUACUGUUUGCUCCAAACCUUGUCACGCUGUACAUUUUAUAUUCAGAAGAAGUGGAAGAAAUUAUAAACAAAGAGAAAACAACCAAUCUUACAGGUAUUAUUACACCAUUUCAAAAACUAGAAAGUUUAAGGUUGUGUGAUCUGCCUAAGCUGGAGAGUAUCUACUGGAGUCCUCUUUCCUUUCCAUUAUUGGGGUAUAUAGCCGCAGAUUACUGUCCUAAGCUAAGAAAGCUUCCCUUGAUAGCUACAAGUGGCAAACAAGUUGGCGAGUUUAAGAUAACAAUGCAUCCUCAAGAACAGAUUACUAACCUUGAAUGGGAGGACGAAGAUACCAAAAAUCGUUUCUUGCCUUUGUUCAGUAAGGGUUAA